UACUCAGACCUCAGCAUCCUCACUUGCUCGCUCUGGAAUUACAGCUAUUUAUUACGAAGUGCCCUGUGUGGCUGGGUGGAGUGUGCCUGAGGAAACACAUCCCAGACACCACCUGGGGCUAGUCUUUCUGAGCCCUUCCAGGCUCUAAUUCUCGUCAUUAGCAUGGAGCCAAACAGUCCCAAAAAGAUACAAUUUGCUGUGCCUUUAUUCCAGAGUCAGAUUGCACCUGAAGCAGCAGAGCAGAUCAGAAAAAGAAGACCUACACCAGCAUCACUUGUGAUUCUCAAUGAACAUAAUCCCCCAGAAAUAGAUGACAAGAGGGUGACAAACACCCAAGCUGAAUCACAAAAUGCAUCCCCAAAGCAAAGGAAGCAGAGCGUGUAUACACCACCGGCCAUGAAAGGUACUGUUCAGGAAGUGCAGACAAGCAGCAAAGGAGAAAAGAAGAGACAGGAAUAGACAGAAAGCAGCAGCAUUAAGAGAGCAUGGAAUCAGAAGAGAAAAAGGGUGCAAAAUGGGUUGAUAACAACCAGAAGCUGACUUGUCAGUGCUGUGCUCCUGUGGGAGCUUGGAAAAAUACCAACAUGAAACCACC